AUGUCUCUACCGUCCGCUGAGGUAGCUGCCGACUUCAGAGACGCCCUUCAGGACUUGAAGAUCAACAGUAGACCAGAGAUUAGCAACCUAACCAUCAUCGCCAAAGAGAACACAGAGCACGCCCAGGCCAUAUCACUCGAGCUCGAAAACCACAUCCGAACGACUCGACCGGAGUGGAAGCUGCCGGCUCUCUACGUGCUCGACUCUAUCGUCAAAAAUGUUGGCACGCCCUACACGGUCUAUCUCGGGCGCAAUCUGUAUCGGACCUUCAUGGACGCGUAUCUUGUCAUGGACCAGCACACCCGGAAAGCAAUGGAAGGCUUGCUGAAGACGUGGAAACAGCCAGUGCCUGAGUCGAUGGAUCCACGUCCCGUCUUCUCACAUGAAGUGACUGGCGAUAUCGAAAAUGCCCUCAACAAGAUUCGCUCCGUCCAGGCUGCUCAGCAGGCACCGAGUCAGCGACCUAUGCAUGCUCUACCACCUCGACCUGCGACAGCUGCAAUCUGGCGAAACACACCGACUCCACCCCAGAGCGGCGCCCGAUAUGCGGCUCCACACGAUCCGCGAGUUCGAGCACCAUAUCCACCAGCGGCGCAGUAUGGCCAGUACCCGAGCCCCGUUUCGCAGACCAAUCAGUUCGGCCCGCCGCAGCCAUAUGCUCAGCCGAUGUCUUCUAAUGACCUGGAAGAUUUGAAGGCUGAAGUUGCGAAGCUGAUCAGUACUACGCAGCAAGCUUUUGCAUAUAAUCCCUCUGAUGCGGCGCUACAGACCAAGCUGCAAGCACUACUUGCGCUCAAGAAGGUCUUGGAGACGCAGACGCUCCCUCCUCAGCAAUUGGAAGCAGUUAGGAAGCAGGUCCAGAACUUGGCGCCCAUUCCUGCUCCUACACCAAUGCCUGCCUUUGCCCCUCUGGCAUCUGUGCCCCCACCGGUCAUGCACACCCCGCAACAACCAAUGCAGUCGAACUUUCCACCUCCGGCGAGUGCUCCCAUUGAUAUUGGGCAACUUCUUGCGAGCAUGAGGCCAGCAGCUACCCCCAUUGCUGCUACUCCUCAGCCCCCCUCCACUCCUAACCUAGCGGAUCUGCUCCGACGUGUCUCAUCGCCAGCCCAGUCGUCAACCCCAGCGACCGCGCCCUUCUAUCCAUCUCCUUUUUCAGCACCUCCCUCCAUCUCGACGCCAGUACAGGCUCCAGCCAUACCAACGCCUGCACCAGCGCCUGCCGCUACGCCAACGCAAAACCUCGCCCAAAUACUUGCGCAAUUCACCAAACCCGGAGCAGCACCAUCGGCACCGGCUCCACGACCCGCCCCUUCGCAAUUUACACCUCUCGCGCAAUUGCUGUCGCAACCGCCGGCGCAAGCGCCUCCCACGGCUCCCGCGCCCGGAAGUGCGGAAUGGCUUCUCAAUGCCUUGAAAGGACUACCAACGACCGGCACGCCCUCAAAUACCACUCCAGUAGCUUCUGAACCAAUGACGCGGCAGUCAUCUGCCCCGACUAACGUGCUCAACGAGAUCGAGCUAACGACCGCAUCGAUGAAGAAGCCACGACUGCAUUUAAUAUCAAGACUAUACGAGGCUUUCCCGAAUAUAUGUGCUACAUGUGGACGUCGAUUCGAGAGCACACCCCAGGGCAAAGAGAAGAAGGCUCGUCACAUGGACUGGCACUUUAAGGUGAAAGAUCCUGACGCUGCCAAGCGUGGUGUCCACCGGAGUUGGUAUAUCAGCGAGAAGGAAUGGAUUGAGUACCGUGAGGUCGACGAGACUUCCCCUGAGCAGCCGGCGAACGGGGCAUCAGCAGGGGCUGCUGCUGUCAAGAAGCAAGCAAAAGACAGAUAUGUGCCAGUCCCACAAGACGCAGCCAUCGCCCACGCACCCUGUCCGAUCUGCCAAGAGAAGUUCGAACCCCAGUGGCUCGUCGAGGCGAACGACUUCGUAUGGAUGGAUGCUAUCCAAGUAGGCGGCAAGAUCUAUCACGCAACUUGCUGGGAGGAGUACAGCAAAGGCGCUGGGAUCGCGACACCGAGCACACCCGACUCUGUUCUCGGAAAGCGCAAAGCUGAGGUCAGCACUCCUACCUCGGGAAAGAAGGUGCGAGCGUACUGA